CGAAAGCAUUCGACGUAAAUUUACGUCGAACUCAGUUGCUUGUUGUGUUGAUCUUAAUAGACAGUGUUGGUUUUGAGCUCCUCUCGUUUAUCCAGUUACAGUGCGUUUAUUUUCAUAACAAUCUCACGUGCUUGUAUGGAUAUGACCGAUAAAGGCGAGUCAAAUAAUGCAUCUGAAAACGAUGAAGCAUUAAAUUACAUAAAAAAUCUACUGAAUGAUGCUGGCACAAUACCAAUCGAUGUCGAUCUUGACACCUAUGAGAUUCAUUUGCCUCCAUGGUAUGAUGAAGAAAAAUUUAAACGAGGUCAACAAUUUUAUAUUCGAAAUAUGGCUGGCACCAUGACAGCUGCACUAUGUGGUUUAAUUGCCGUCUUUGCCAUACCGGCCAUUCUGGAUGUAUUGAUGUUCACGAACAAAUCGUCCGUGCCAGAGACGGCGUACAGACGCUACGUAUUGACAAUUUUGCACACACUUAACUGGUACUGGGAAGAGCUGAAGCCAGGUUCCAACGGCUGGAAAUCUUUAGAAUACGUACGCCGAAUCCAUGUAGUCAGUAGUAAGCAAGCCAACGCAAAAACCUCCAAGAUGCUCAUAUCACAACAAGUUAUGGCAAUUACCCAGUUUGGCUUUAUUGGGUAUGUCAUGAUAAGCCACCAAAAAUUAGGAAUUCAAUACGAUGAAGAUGGUGCAGAAGGAUUCGUUCAUUUUUGGAGAACUAUUGGUUAUAUGCUUGGGAUUCAAGAUCGAUACAAUCUGUGCACAGACAGCGUCGCUCAGUCGAAGCGCAGAAUGGAGGUGAUGAACGAGCUGAUUAUACGUCCGGCCCUGCAGGUUUCCAGUACUGAUUUCAAACACAUGACUAAAGCGAUGGUCGACGGCUUGUGGUGCUUCAGUACCUUUAUGGAGUAUGAUGCGUUCAUGUUUCUGACCAGACGUCUUUCGAACACUCCCGGUCACUACUACUGGCAUAAUGAACCGCAUGAUACUUCCAAAGCAGUGUACAAAGAGCUCGGUUGGUACAGUCGAAUAAUGCUGAACAUAAUUCUAGUUAUACAUGAAAUUCUGCUGAAUUACGCUGUUCUUCGGUGGUAUUUCAACUGGCAUGGACACAUCAAUACGUAUGUGGUGAACAGGUAUUUUCCGUGGUUAGCCAUGUUGAAAUAUGGAAUUAAAAAUGCCUACGUAAGGAUUGUUUACUAGUGGAUAAGUGGAAAAUAUAUUUG